CAAGCAGCUGUUUUUCAAGAAUUUGACUUGUGAUAGGAUUAUUCGAAAGCCACCUAGGUACAUGAAUCGCAAUUUGAUUUUUUGAUUUUAAUUCGAGGCCAAGUCUCAACUCUUGUGCACAUUUUGCUGCUAUCCAUACUGAGCAAACGGAAUUUUGUCCUCCAAAUCCAAAUUUGUUUGAAGUUUGGUCGCAACGAUGAAUAAAUCAAUUGCAUUGCUCGUGUUCAUGUUGGAUUUGGGGCUCACCUUGGGUUCAGGUUCACCGAAUGAAGAAAAUUUGGAAAACAACACAACUGAAUCAGACUCAGACAUGAGCUGCUUGCUUUUUGGCAACGAAGGUUGUAAUAUCACAUGCGCCAUAUCAGGUCAAUUAUUUCACUUCCAAUCUCGUGGUUCCUGCGACUCUGACCUAGUCUGUGGUUGUGAAAAUUACGCACGGGCCAAUUUUAAAGAUUUGUGGAAACAAAGGUUCAAAUCUGGAGAUGUUUUAAAUUACGUCCGACGUACUAAUAAACCUGUCUACGAUAAAAUGUUGGAAAUAUUCCGAGAUAAUGUGUUCAAAACUAACGAAGAAUUGAAAGACGCUCAUGACUCUGCCAUCAGCCCUUACCUGUUUUCAAUGCUUGAAACAAACGACCAACAUCUUACUGCACAAUAUGCAAAAAAUGGCAAGUUUGAUAAGGAAGCGGUUCAGAAGUACGUCAGUGAGAAACUGAAUGAAGAAUUGAAAUCAGAGUCUGCGGCUAAAACUUUGUUGGACGUCAAAUACAAAGAGAUAUUCAGAAAGGCGUUGGAAACAUAUAAAGCGUGUAAAGCUUCCAUGUAUAAUUACACGUUCAAGGUAGCUCAAGUAAAAAAUAAACAUUUGCAGAAUAUUUUGGAAGAGUUUUUUAAGGCGAAUAGUAUGGAAAAACCUGAGAUCAAAACUCCUAAGGAAACGGAAUCAGUCUAUAAAAUGAUCGGAAAUAUUACUGUAAGCGAAUUGAUUAAUCGAAUUGAAGGAGACUCCAAGGUCGAAAUUUCUCAAGAUGAAAAUCCAUCCAUGAGCUGUCUAAUUUUUGGAAACGAGGGUUGUGAUAUCGGAUGCAAUAUAACCGGGCAAUUGCUCAACUUCCAGUCAGAUGGUGUCUGCGACUCGACCAAUAUCUGUACCUGUCAUAACCACAAAGAUAGGAAAAUCAGUGAAAAGGUUGCGGAUGUGAAGCGUACUGAAAGUGGCGGAUUUGAUAAAAGUUCCCUCGAGAAAUAUGUCACUGAGACCCUUAAUGAAAAACUGGAAUCAACAUCAGCUAAAUCUUUGUUGGAUGUAAAAUACAAAGAGAAAUUUCGGAAAGCUUUGGAAAACUCCAAAGGUGAAAAAGGUAUCGUGGUUGGCUACACCUUUAAAGUUACAAAGCUCAAAAAUGAAAAUUUGCAGAAUAUUUUGAACGAGUUCUUGAAUGAGAAUAAGAUAGAGAAACCUGAUUUUAGAGUUGCUGUUGGUAGUGAAAAAGAUGAUCCUAUCAUGUUGGUCAAUGAUAUUAUUGUAAAUGUUUUAAUUAAUCGAAUUGAAGAGAAUUCCAAAGAGGAAAUUGAUAAAGAUGUAAAUCCAUCCAUUGGCUGUUUACUCUUCGGAAAAGAAGCCUGCGACAUGGCAUGUGUUUUAUACGCCAGAUUGGUGAACUUCCAGUCAUACGGUGUCUGCGACUCCAGCAAUAUCUGUAACUGCCACAACUACAAGCAUAGUAAAAUCAGUGAUACCCAACUUCCUCCUGUAAAGCGUACCGAAAAUGGUAAAUUUGAUGAAAUGGAUCUGAAAAAAUACGUCACCAAGAACGUGGAUGAUAAGCUGACAUCACAAUCUGGUGAAUCGUUGUUGAAUGUAGACUACAGAGAGAGGUUUAGCAAGGCUAUGGAAAGCUCCAAAAAUGAAAAAAAUUUCGUGCCUGAUUACGCCUUCAAAAUUAAACAUCUUAAGAAUAAAAUUUUGGAGAAUAGCUUUAAUGAGUUUUUAAAUAAGAAUAACAUGAAAAUACCUGAUUCCGGAGUUCCUGAUAUUCCUGAUGAGAUUUAUACAAUUCUAUGGGUUGACAAUGCUAUUAUAAAUACGUUAAUUGAUCGAAUUGAAGCAAAUCAAGAAGUAGAAAUAGAUAAAGAUGUGAAUCCAUCCAUUGGCUGUUUACUCUUUGGAAAAGAAGCCUGUGACAUGGCAUGUGUUUUAUACGCCAGAUUGAUGAACUUCCAGUCAAAUGGUUUGUGCGACUCCAGCAAUCUCUGUAACUGCCACAACUACAAGCAUCGUAAAACUAGCGAAAGCCAACGUCCUGCUGUAAGGCGUACCAAAGAUGGCAAAUUCAAUGAAACAGAUCUAAAAAAAUAUAUCACCGAGAAUGUGCAUGAAAAACUGAAAUCAAACUCUGGUAAAUUUUUGUUGGAUAUAAAAUACAAAGAGAAGUUUGAAAAGGCUCUGGAAAACUCCAAAAAUGAAAAAAAUUUCGUGCCUGAUUACGCCUUUAAAAUUCUACAUCUUAAGAAUACAUUUUUGGAGGAUAGCUUUAAUGAGUUUUUAGACAAAAAUAACAUGAAGAUACCCGAUUCCGGAGUUCCGGAUGUUCCUGAUGAGAUUUAUACAAUUCUGUGGGUCGAUAAUGCCAUUAUAAAUACGUUAAUUGAUCGAAAUGAUGAAAAGUUCGAGGAAGAAAAUUUACAAGGGAUACUAAGCACCAUCAAGAAUCAGUUACUGGAUAUUUUGGAAAUAGUUCAAUCAGUUCUACUCCCUUGGUAAAAUAGACAUUUUUUACUUUCGUACGUAGAUGCAAUAACAAAAUAAUUUUUUUUAUUGUACAUUGUAUGCAAACAUGAGUUUCAAUAAAAGAGCAGAAACCUGUUGUUUUUAUUCG